ACAGACUCAACUUGACUUGGUAGAGAGAUCAGGCGCUUGUUACAGGGCGCCAGGGCUUCAUGCCAGGGGUCGUCAUUUCGGCCACCUUUGCGAUCUCUUUGCCUGACGUUGGGUCUCAACCAUCAAUCUGCUUGCUGCAUGUGGAAGACCUUCUUGGAGCAGCCCGGCGGCCUUCUGGCCCUAGCUAUGCCGACGUUGCGUCCCUAUUGAAGGUCUAAAGAAACUGUGUUUCACCCAGAAGACUAGAGAGAAGAUUGCCUGUGUAUGUGCUCCCUAGUGGGUGCUGCCAGGAGUUCCCUUCUCUCUGUCUACGCUGGGAACCCCCGCCCGAACCCAUCCCUGCAGCCAUGCUACGUUUCGGCAGCCAUGAUAAUGGUUGCCCUAACUAGCAUGACGGGGCUCUGAACCGAGGCGUAUGCUAGUCCCGGUGCUCCAGCUGAUGAGCCCGGCGUGCAAGACGGUACACGACAUAGGUUAUCAAGCAGCCACACCUAUAUUCAAUUGGAAACCUUGAAGGGCGCCUUCGAGCUCAGGAAGUCCUGCAUUGAGGCACAGUCCUUCUCUUCAAGGUAUUCAGUAGUGGCCCAGGUUUAUGUAGGAGGUGUAAAAGCUCUGUAGAAGAUCCUCCAGCCCCCCUCCAGCAGAACUUAGAGCUCGGCGGCCGUCGACGCGUUGGGGCGACACUGCAGCUUGCUGCCGCAUGUGACAGGGCCUUGUCUCCCUUAAAUUGAAGUUUUCUUGUUGGCACCGUAUCCAGGCUGCUGGCAGGUGGGCAGUUCUAGCCAGUACGCUACAAUCUAGGACAGAGGCUUGGGCCUGCCUGGCCCGUAGCAACGUGGUGGUCUGGUGGACCUAUUGGGAAAGUGUUGGGUCAGCACAGCUGACAUGGCUGCGACCAAGGUGGCGGCAGCCAAGGUGGUGCCCCUCAACUGCGUGGCCCCCGAGCAGGUGCUGGCGCUCAAGGAACCAACCAAAGGUUUUCUGUGCCCACUGUCAGCGAACAUAUAUGGCAUCGAUUUCACAGAGUUCGAGGUGAAGGACUGCGACAGCGGUGAGGUCGUGUUCUCCAUCCGCAAGGACCCCACCGGCCCGGCCAUGCCCAGCGCCCCGCUCGACCUCGACCCCGAGCUGGAGGCACAGUUCCGCACCAUCCAGUACACCUUCCCCGCCUCCUUCCUGCGCUUCAAGACGGUCAGAACAGCGUUGACAUUCCGGGUGGGGCCAGAGCCGCUGAGCAACUUCCGCAUGAUUGAGCGGCACUACUUCAAGAACAAGCUCACUCGCAGCUACGACUUCAAUUUUGGCUUUGUCAUACCGAAUAGCACCAACUCGUGGGAGUCCAUUUACGACAUGCCCAAACUGACUGAAGCACAGGUUCGAGAGAUGGUCGACUGCCCGUACGAGUCACGGUCCGACAGCUUUUACUUUGUGAACGACGAGCUUGUGAUGCACAACAAGGCCGAGUAUGCCUUUGAGCUUUAACUCUUUUCACUAACGGGGCUGACGGGGCCCGCGCUUUGCAAUAUAGACCCAGUUGAACAAAUCAAAUAAGCUCGAGACUGUAUGUCAAGCAGGCUUGAUCGCAGACUUUGCUUUGUCCUUGUACCGCGUCUACAUGUGCGAUCCCGCAGCAUAAGAACAUACAUUUUUACUCUGAGGCUUGUGAGCUUGCAGCUUUCAUUAAAUCAUGAGGUACAUAUGUAAAGUUAUCAAUGUCUUGUUAAUAUAGACUAACAAGAACCUCGAUCAAGCACAAACUGUCCGAGAGCAUGUAUUGAGGAACCAUAAGGCGUUCAACUAGAGCUCGUGAAUUCAACUUACCCAGUUAUAAACCCAACUACUCUCUAACACGGCCAGUCGGUUGUGGCGUUAUCUCAAACCGCC